AUGGCCUUUGAUAUCCCGGGGAGGGAGGUGGUGGUGGUGAGGGCCGACGUGUUGGCAAUGGCCGAGUCCUCGGAGGUGAACGUCUGCGAUACGACCUCGAAGCAGAUGGGGGAGAACGUCUUGGGGAAAAGGACACUGAUCUAUCUCUACGGUCGGGAUCCCUUGUUGACGGAGCUCGACGGGAAUAUUUUUUACCUUGUGGUGAUCGAGGUCUUGGCGAAGAAUGACGGGAUUCGGAGGGGGCGUCAGUAUGUCGUCCAUUCCGGGAAGCACGAGGAGGUGACAUUGACCCAUAACGAGUCGAACGUCGGCUUUCCACGCUUCUACUCCUUCCUCGCCGUGAUGAUGAUUGAGGAGGCUUAUCAAACUCCCUCGUCCUCACGGGGCUUUUGUACGAUUCACGUUCUCCACCAUGCCUCCUCCUUGAUGCAGUCGGUGGGGGUGAACGUCUUCUCUCUCUUGAAAUAG